UCGACAAGUCGAGACCCGAAAGAUGUACGAUGAUGAUUCGGGCCGACGUAGUCGCGGUUCGGUUCGACCGACCGUGUCGUUCCGACAGGAGCGCGAGAGAAUCGAACGCUCGGUGAGAAAAUCCAAUCUCCCGGUGCUCCUCUCCUCCCAAAACCAAAACUUUCCCGAGAAAAUCGCUCCGGUUGCUGUCAUCUCGAGCAAACUCGAACGGGAACAGUUUUUCCUUCAGUGAGCCUACUGGUUGUGUUGUCUGGAGUUGCAUUGCUUAUUGGCACAUGUUAUGCGUUGAUUGGUAGCAGAACUAGUUUCGUUUCGUUGGUGAAGAUGAUGAAGCGACACUGACAUCUGGGGCACCUGACAACCCAACUUAGGCAUUACAGAAGACUUGCUUUACAUCAUGGCAAUGGCCUUUCCGGAAGCAUGUCUACAUACUUUAUCCGGUGUUCCACACAGCCUUCAUUACCGCAUCUCCUUUUUGAACUAUGUCAGCCCGGAGUCGUCUUUUUCACGUGAUGCAAAAUAUUAUAAGAGAAGAGACCCAAAGCAGAUGCAUUGGCCCGAGACUUCAACAAUGUUAAAGUAUCGACCUAGGCUACAUUCAAUUCUCAGUGUUGGUUGUACUCCCUGGGGAUAUUCCAAACUUACCAGGUCUCAUUCUUUGAUUUGCAAAUGCCAACGGACAGAAAGUGAUAGUGGAUUGUCAGCUGAAUCUGGAACAAAACCUGAGAUUUCUCUUUAUGGCGUGAAUGGACAACCGACAGUUGAAGAAUCCGAGGCAGUACAAAAAUUAAAUAAUGGAAAAGAAGAUUUAGCAUCAAAUAGAAUGCAUGUGCAAUCAGAAGCAACUAGAGAGAAGGUGCGAAAGACUAGCUCAAAAUCAAUUGAGGAUGAAGCCUGGGAUUUAUUGCAGGAUUCCAUUGCUUAUUACUGCAACAAUCCCAUUGGUACUAUUUCUGCAAACGACCCAAGCUGUCAAAGUAUCCUCAACUAUGAUCAAGUUUUCAUUCGUGAUUUUGUCCCUUCUGGGAUAGCUUUCCUUUUGAAGGGAGAGUUCGAUAUUGUAAGGAAUUUCAUCCUUCACACUCUUCAGUUGCAGAGCUGGGAGAAAACCAUGGAUAGUUAUAGCCCCGGCCAAGGUUUGAUGCCUGCCAGCUUUAAGGUUCGUACUGUUCCACUUGACGGUGAUGAUUCUGCAACUGAAGAGAUAUUAGAUCCAGACUUUGGUGAAGCAGCAAUUGGCCGUGUGGCACCUGUUGAUUCAGGGCUCUGGUGGAUUAUAAUGUUACGGGCAUAUGGAAAGUGCUCUGGAGAUGUUUCAGUUCAAGAGAGAGUGGAUGUGCAAACUGGGAUCAAAAUGAUCUUGAAAUUAUGUCUGGCUGAUGGUUUUGAUAUGUUCCCGACAUUGCUGGUCACUGAUGGUUCUUGCAUGAUUGAUCGUCGCAUGGGAAUUCAUGGCCAUCCUCUUGAGAUUCAGUCAUUGUUUUAUUCAGCAUUGCUCUGUGCACGUGAGAUGCUUACCCCUGAGGAUGCAUCAGCUGACCUUAUUCGAGCACUUAAUAAUCGACUAAUUGCACUAUCUUUUCAUAUCAGAGAAUAUUACUGGAUUGAUAUGAGAAAGUUAAACGAGAUCUACCGCUAUACUACAGAGGAAUAUUCCUAUGAUGCAGUUAACAAGUUCAAUAUUUAUCCAGAUCAGAUACCCCCAUGGCUGGUGGGUUGGAUGCCCAAUAAGGGUGGUUACCUAAUAGGAAACCUCCAGCCAGCUCACAUGGAUUUCCGUUUCUUCUCACUUGGGAACUUAUGGUCUAUUGUAAGCAGUCUUGCUACAGUGGAUCAGUCCCACGCGAUACUAGAUCUUAUUGAAGCAAAAUGGGCAGACCUUGUGGCUGAAAUGCCUUUUAAAAUAUGUUAUCCAGCUCUUGAAGGCCAGGAAUGGCGAAUUGUCACAGGCAGUGAUCCCAAGAAUACUUCAUGGUCCUAUCACAAUGGAGGUUCCUGGCCAACUUUGUUGUGGCAGCUCACUGUGGCCUGCAUAAAGAUGAACAGACCAGAGAUUGCUGAAAAUGCUGUAAGGAUUGCUGAGAGACGCAUAUCCAAUGAUGAGUGGCCUGAAUAUUAUGACACCAAGCGUGCUAGAUUCAUUGGAAAACAGGCUCACCUCUUUCAAACAUGGUCGAUUGCGGGGUAUCUUGUGUCGAAGCUUCUCCUUUCUAACCCAUCUGCGGUGAGGAUUCUGGUAAAUGAAGAGGAUGUUGACCUUGUGAAUGCCUUUUCGUGUAUGAUCAGCUCGAAUCCGAGACGAAAACGUGGUAGGACGGCGGUUGAAAAGAGGUUCAUAGUGUGAUCUUUCCAAGCUAGCCGGCCAAUAGACGGUUUCAUGCAGCUCUGUAUUAUUGCGCACUGAACGGAGGAAUACCGAUGAUCCAGACAUCACAUAUAGCUGCAUCAUUUUGGGCUGGUUGGUCGCUUGCAACGGAAUUUUGCAUUGUGCAGGUUUUUGAAAUGGUUCAACUUCUAGCAGGAUCAGCACACACAACUGCAUCAAUUUCGGCCGGGUGGUCACUUGAAAAUGGAGUUUUGCGUUGUACAGGUUGUAAAAUAGUUUCACCUUCUAGCAGGAUCUGCAGAUUCCUACACUGUAAGGAACGAAAAAAAUGAUGUCCGCUUACACGGCAGCAUGUGCUUUUACACAGCUUUAGAUCAGGAUAAGAUUCUUAA